AGUUUUCUUUCUAUAAAAUAAAUGAAGGGAGACUGAACGAACUUUGACAGCUGACAAGUCUUCCCUUGCAUGUGUGAAGUGCUGCUAAUAUUGCAUGUUAUAAUCAGUUAUGUGCAUACAUAUUUCAUGUACUUCACCGGUGCAAUAUAAAAUCAAUUAAUUACAACACAUCGUAAUAUAAUUGAUUGAUCGAAAUAACACUGUAGAAUGUGAUUCUCAUUUUGGAGUGCCAUUGCAUUGAUUUAAUAAUCAAAAAAUGAUAUCAUAAUGGACAACUUGAAUACUCACGUUUUUAAUACAUUUUAGAUAUAUGAAUUUAUUAAGAUAAUCGGAGUAUCUGUUCACGUAAUGGCCUCUGCUAUGGAGCAACAACAGCAGCAACAGCAACAGCAACAACAGCAACAAACCACCCUGGAAUUCUACCAGGCGAUGGCUGAUUUCAAAAAUAUGUUUCCACAAAUGGAUGAUGACGUUAUAGAGGCUGUAUUGAGAUCUAAUCAAGGAGCUGUGGAUACCACAAUUGAUCAAUUGCUCACUAUGAGCACGGAUAAUGAGAAUGAAAAAAUUAGAAGUGAAUUAGAACAAAACGAGAAAUCGCCGGGUACCUCUAAGCCUCCAAAAGCUGAUUCAAAUAUAACAUCAAAAGCUAUACGUAAAUGGCAACCAGCUUUCCUAGGACCAUUGCCAGAAACAUUUCUUAGACUUACACAACAAGUUCCAGAAGAGAAUCUUGAUCUGUACUCGAAAGAGAAUACCAUGUUGGAAGAUGAAAGAAUUGUCAUGUUCCUUCAAAAUGAAGAAUUCAUGGCAGAGCUACGUUGGAAUAAAGAUUUUUUGUCAACUUUAGAAAGCGAUUCAAAGAUACCAGGAACGAAUCUCGAAAAAUAUGGCCAAGCUGGCCACGACGAUGAGGAUCUCUUCAAAGAAAGACUAAAACAUAUGGGCAAAGUGUCUCGACGUAAGUUUGCACAGCUUACCAAAGUGUUUACGCGUAGUAAAAAACGUGGAGGUAGACAAUUGCUGACACCUACAGCUUCUUGUGAUGAUUUGCUGAAUCCUGAGGAGUCAUCUAGAUCUCAGUCUUAGAAGUUUUACUGAUAUUCCUCGCUUCAUUUAAAAUGGGACAAUUUCAGCAAUUCAUACUAAUAGUAAUACGUCGUCCAAAAAUGAAGAAGAAGCAUAUCUAUACUAACAUACAUAAAUGAGAAACUACAGAACAGAAAGAAUUGAAACUUGUUUGUUUAUAAAAAUGAUAUAAACUAGAUAUCAGUUAGGAACUCAGAUCUGUUUGUCGUAACGUCGCACGCAGUGCUUAACGCAUCGAUAUUUAUUUCGCCGCUUGGGUAUAAUUUCAAUCGGAAGCUCGGAAAGAUCAAAAUGCAAAGUAUAGAUAUAAAUCUAUGUACGUUAUAUAAAAAAUUGCAGAACUGCAGAAUAUUUCGUAUUUUAAUAACUUAGUACGUAUAAGUACACAGUCUAUAUAGUAACAGUACAAUAAUUACUGCCAUUACACUGUUAAAUCUAAGGAUUUGUGAAAUGUUUUUUUAAAAAGGCUUUUAUUUACGGUAAAGUGAUCAAUUUUACUUCUUUUGUAAAUCGUCGUAUUACUUUUACAAUUCGUGAUUUUAAAAUAAUAUUCGUAAUACUUUUAAGAGUUUUAUAACUGUUUUUUCUUUUUUUCAUAGGAAGAUUUAAGUAAUUUAUUUUUGUUUAAGGCAUUACUGUUUGUAGCGAUUAACGAAUGUUGUUAAUGUAUAAGGCAAAUAAUGUUCAUAGAUACUGAAUAAACAUAGUGAAAAAAUUUAGCCAAAGUAUUUAAAGAAAACGACUGCUAAGAAACUCGCGACUUUGCGUUCUGUCUAUUGGCGAUGUAAGAGUUUAUUUGUAACAUAAGGACGAACUUUUCAAUUCCUUGAUACGAGAAAGGGAUCAUCAUCUUCUUUCAUUAUUUUACGCGUUAAUGAUAAUUUCAAAUGUGUACACGUUUGUCCUUUAGUACUUAGUUAUUCGCAGCUGUAACUGGAAGUGUAAUAAAUUCUAGUCGGUUCAUCUAGCCAUUACUUAAUUAACGAUAAGUAUCGAGCAUUGCAAUAUUGUUGAUAUAGGAAACAUUUAUAUAAUUGAGCAUAGGUAGAAUAUUUACAAAUAUGAUAGUACAUGCCACAGGCGUGAAAAUAAAUUACAAAUACUGAGCUCAAAUAUACAGAUAUAAAAAGCAAAUUAUAUUGUUUUCAAUGCCCCUUCGAGAAACCGUUCUGUUUCUUUUUUAUCUUUCAUUCGUUAACUUAUACUUUUAUUCGCUCAUUACUAUGUGACGUAUGAUCAAGUUACAAAAGGAUUACAAAAGUAAAAUAAAAUUUAUA